GUGGGAGGCAGUGACAGUACAUUGCCUUUGGGUCUCCACAUAAAACAUCCAAAACCUAAAUGCAGCUGCAUUCCAUAGAGGUUACAUAACUACACAACAUGGAAGAUGGAGGGAUGGAGAACCCAGGAUCAGCAUGUCGCUACUAGAAAGUAACCUCCUGGCUGGCUCAUAGCCAGUCCUAUAGGCUGUUAAAAGCAGCAGCAAGUGUGCUGGUGCAUACCUGGAGGAACUUCGUCAGUAUGGACACAAGCAUCGGGACAUCAUAGUAACACCUAGAGAGUGGGCAACAAGAGGAGGACUGCUGUGAAUCGAUUUUAGGUCAUGAUGAAGUUUGUGGCUUACAUCACCUUCCUCACCUCUGCAGUUCAUGCAGGUCUGCUGAGAAAAAGAGAAACCUGCCCGCAGGCCUGCGAUGCCUCUCGGUGCCCGGGCCCGGCACCGGCCUGUUACUACGGCCAGGUGAUGGACGCAUGCGGCUGCUGCGUGGUGUGCGCGGCCGGGGAGGGCGAAGUCUGCGGGGAGCGCAGCGGUGGCGGCCUCCCCUGUGGCGACGGGCUGCGGUGCGACUCCAUCCGGGGUGGGCUCCGCAGCUCCUGCGUGUGCGCCACCACCGGCCCGGUGUGCGGCAGCGACGGCAGGACGUACCCCAGCAUCUGCCGCCUGAACGCCGAGAACAGGAGGGCCGAGCUGGGUGAGACCCCCCCGGUCAUUUUCAUCCAGAGGGGUUGGUGUGGUUCAGGAGUGCAGCAUCCAGGAAGUAUGCGCUACAAGUUCAACUUCAUUGCAGAUGUGGUGGAUAAGAUUGUCCCAGCUGUGGUGCAUCUGGAGCUUUUCCAAAGAGUGCCAUUUUCAAACGAGGAGCUCUCUGUGUCGAGUGGCUCUGGGUUUGUAGUGUCAAAGGACGGCUGGAUCAUCACCAAUGCUCACGUACUCACCAACAAGCAGCGGGUAAAAGUAGAGCUGAAAAGUGGUUUGCAGUACGACGCUACAGUCAAGGACGUGGACCAGAAAAUGGACAUUGCACUCAUCAAAAUCGAAGCAGAUAGUCCCCUGGCUGUGCUUCGUCUCGGCCAGUCCUCAGACCUGCGCCCCGGUGAGUUUGUGGUGGCGGUGGGAAGCCCCUUCUCCCUACAGAACACCGUCACCACCGGCAUUAUCAGCACUGCCCAGCGCAAUGGCCUGGAGUUGGGCUUUAAGGACUCGGAUAUGGACUACAUCCAAACCGACGCCAUCAUUAAUUACGGCAACUCUGGUGGACCGCUUGUCAACUUGGAUGGAGACGUAAUAGGCAUAAAUACUCUGAAAGUGACAGCAGGGAUCUCCUUUGCCAUCCCUGCAGACAGAAUACGCCAGUUCCUCGCUGAAUCCUACAGCAGACAAGUCAAUGGUGAGCAGGAUCUAAUGUUGGUGUUAUGGUAUAGUCACAGUGUUUGUGAGUCACUAUCACAAUCUUUAAUUCAAAUAAUUCAUUUGUCUUUAGGAAUUACAGCACAAAAAAAGAAAUUCAUAGGUGUCCGGAUGCUGCCGCUCACACCGUCUCUAAUCCGAGAUCUCAAGGAGCGUGAUGGUGAAUUUCCAGAUGUGAGCUCAGGGAUUUAUGUUUAUGAAGUAAUACCUGGAACAGCUGCAUCCAGCGCCGGCCUGAUCGAUCAUGACGUCAUCAUCAGCAUCAACGGGCGGCCCGUCCACACCACGCAGGAAGUGGGUGAAGCCAUUCAGAGCGGCGCAGCACUUUCAGUGGUGGUGAGACGGAAGGAUAUGGAUGUAUCACUGACUAUCAUUCCUGAAGAGACAGACUGAUACCAAGGAUUGUAAAAGUCAGCCAUUAAAGAAAUAAAUUACUUACACUCUAGCAAUAA